AUGCGCAGCUACAGCGAAAGGCAGAAGCUCCAUAAACGCGAUGGAUUGUGGGGAGGACAGGAACGACCAGGAAUCGAAACACCAAUUUCAACGCCACAUAGCUCCAAAACCGAUGGACCCUGCUGCAUCAGACCCGACGAAAAAGUCGGGAAGCUGGGAUACGCCAGGCGACAAGAAGAAGCUGAUGCCAUUCCAAUCAUGAAAGAAAGCGAGCCACCAGUGGACAUCCCGACGAAACUCGACGUUAAGGCGAAUUGGGUGCGAGCGAUUGCGAAAAAGAGCCAGAAGAUCAAUCAUAGGGCGCAAAAACCUUCUCCCAGGACGGACAACUUUGCACGCGUGGGGGAGGUGGCCAAUCAACGACUCUCGUUCCUGACGGUGACAAGUACGCGUGUUGGACCAAGACUGGAGGAGUGA